CUUGAUUAUCAGUUACACAAAAUAUACACAUAGAUAUCGAUUCAACGUAUAAAAAUCUUAGUUCAAUCCCAGAUUUUGUUUGUGUAAGUGAAGUUAAUUGAAGAAAAUGAGAAGAAAUUGCAAUUUGGAACUCACUCUUUCUCUUUCAUCCUUUUCUCCUAUUAGGGAGGAUCAAGAAUUCGAGAAUAAGAAAUCACAACAGCUAACAAAAUUUUAUAAUGGAAAAUUUGUGGAUUCUGAUGUUACUCAGCUUCAGAUAUGUGCUAAAGCUAUAAUAUAUCUUGCAAGUAGAGGAAUGGAGGAGAAAACAAAUAAGAUGUCUGAGCCCUCAUCACCAUCAUUACAACCUCAAACUGGUCUAUUCAUGAAGCGAUCUUUACGGAGAUUUCUACAAAAGAGAAAAAAUAGAAUUUAA